CCACCUUUCUUUCCUUCCCUCCUUCCUUCCUUCCUUCCUACCUGCAUCCACAACCCACGCGCUCUCCUUCUCUCGCCUUCCCUGUUUUGCUCUUGCUGGCUGUGCAUCCUCAUCUUCCAUGGUCUACCUGACAGACAAGAAGGGCGCCAUCCUCUCCAGGAUUCCAGCGACUACAGUUCCCCUUGCUCAAACCCUCUUCGGUGCCUCCGCAUUUUUGCUAGCCCUCAUAAUUGGGUGCUAUGGCCAUUACUACAAGAUUGUCACCAACGGUGUUGCGGGAUAUCCAGACGAAUGGUUCCCAAGUGUCAGUGCAACAACAGGGGAUUGGUAUCCUGAGAGAAACAUCUGCCAGAUCUUCAUAGCCCUCGCAUCCGGUCCUCGGCUAUUAUUGUGCUACGUUUGGUACUUACUAAUCAUGCGCAAUGUUCCCGCAAAUGGAUCGCCGGGUUUCGCAAAGUUGCUGUUCGCAAACGACAUAAUCAGGACAGUUGCAUGUGGCGGAUGGGUCUAUGUAACAUCCUCGGACGACCAUGCGAUCCAUGACUUUGCGAUGAUCAUCUAUCUGCUCUGUACGGUGCCUCACGUCAUUGGAACCAUCAAGAGCGCACCUCAGAACAUGCAGGCACAGAAGUAUCGCCGCAUGUUCGCCUACACGUUCUUUGGGGCGCUCAUUCCAAUGGUCUAUUUUUUCAUCCAGCAUAACGUUCAUCACGUCCCUGGAGCUUACACCUACUAUGCAUUUUUUGAGUGGUCGCUCAUCGUCUCGGAUCUGGGGUUUGAUGCUGUUUGUAUUAUCGACUUUGAGGCCUUCGAGUUCCGUGUUGUCGACGUGGGCAUAAGUGGGCGUCAUGAUGCUAUUGGCGGUGCUUUCAACGACCUCAAGACGUUUGGUGGUAACAGUAGCGGGACCUUUGGGGGCAUAAAUAAGUCUUUUGGCAAAAGCGGCGGCAAGGCCAACACAGCCUUCGGUCAGAUCAAGCCUGCGGAUGCGCUCUCUUUUGCUGCUGAUGUGUAUCUCGGAUUCAUCUUUUGGUCAAUGCUGACCUCGCUACCCUUGAUGAUAUGGUAUUUCCCACUUUGGCAUAUGGGUCUUUCUGGAUACGAACUGUUCCUGUUCUGCAACGUCACCGCCGGCUUGUUGGGCUUCAACGGUCUUCGCAGGACAAUCGACCGAUCCAAGGGGCUCUUCCAUCUGCUUUCAUUGAUUGGUGUUCUUUCCUACUCGAUUUUUGAUUCAGCUUAUCGUCUCAUGGCAGUCGCUACUGGUGUCUCGCUCUCGAUGCUCACCUGGGGUGCAACAUUGUUCGGACAGCGCCAUCAGAAUGGGAGGGCUGAGCGUGGGGUGAUGGCUUUGGCGUUAGGAUUGAUUUUGCACAAUGUUGUCAAGCAGGCCUGGUGGGCCAAUAACCCGAUCUGGCCCAUCAUGAACUCGAGCAACGGAGGACGGAACUUACUGGGAUUGAUUCUGGGUAUUCUGGCGAGCAUUCAGGUCAUGGUGCGCAAGGAACCGUAUGAGCACGAAGCCAGAUCGAUCGAGAGCUCCAAGAAGGACGAGAGCUGGAUCAAGGCAGCUAUUGGUGGCGGGGGAUACCUGUUCUGCCUGCAUUCUAUGUACACGGAGGCCGCGACAAUCAGUCGCUGGUCAUUGGGCGGAUAUCCAAAUACGGGCCCUCAGCCUAUUGCUGGAGGAUUCAUGGUCAUUAUUGCUAUGACUGCAGGACUCAUGUUAUCAUCUCAACGUCAAUUAGUGAUUUCAACUCCAUGGUUUUGUGUGGGAUCUGCAGGAUUGGCGCUCCUGCAUUUCAUCGAGGGCGAUAUUGGGUUCUUUGGUGGGAUCGUCUUUACGGUCUUUGUGCUAUCACUCUUCCCAACAAUCUUCCGCUCUUUGAGCCGUCAACCUCCAGGUCGUGCGUUUUUGUUAGCCAUGAUGGUCUACAAUGCCCUGGCACUAGCACAUGUCUGGGUCGUCGCCUAUGCUUUCGUGCCCGGUGGAGAGAUCAUGAGGGAGCACACAGAUUACGUCCUUCUGGUCAUGCAGGGUUGUCUCUGGUUUGGGAUUCGCAACGCCAACUCGACCAUAUGGCCUCUAAUUUCUGGGACCCGCAAGCGAUCCACAUUUUCGAUCGUCCGUCUGUACACAAAGAUCACGCUAGCGAUCUUGGUACUCUCCUCGGUCUUUGUCUGUUUGCGCCGAAUCCCACGCGCAGCCCCUCAGCCCUACCACCCAGAGCACAAACUGAUUACUGCAGGAAUAUGGACUAUCCAUUUUGCGAUCGACAACGACAUGUACAACAGCGAGGUGCGCAUGCGAGACGCUAUCCGAGAUUUAGAGCUGGAUGUUGUGGGCUUGCUGGAGUCGGAUCUGCAGAGAAUGAUCAUGGGCAACCGCGACCUGACACAAUUCUUGGCUGAGGAUCUAAACAUGUAUGCAGACUAUGGUCCCGGACCCACGAAACACACCUGGGGAUGCACCAUGUUGUCAAAGUUCCCCAUCAAACAGUCGACUCACCACCUCUUGCCCUCACCCAAGGGCGAGCUCGCCUGCGCUAUCCAUGCCACGCUGGAUGUCUACGGCAAAGAAGUCGAUGUAAUUGUCUCCCACAACGGACAGGAGGAGGACCUUCGAGAUCGCCAACUUCAGACGACCGAACUCGGCCGGAUCAUGCGCGAAUCCAACAACCCGUUCUUGUUCUUGGGAUAUGUCGUGACCAAACCUGGCCAGGGUGAGGAGAUUUAUGAGCUGCUCAUGGAUGGCGGUAGGAUGCACGAUAUCGAGGUCUCGGAUUGGGAUCGAUGGUGCGAGUACCUCGCCUUCCGCGGUGUCAAGCGCAUUGGAUAUGCGCGUGUCUCACAUGGAGGUAUUACGGAUACAGAGAUCCAGGUUGGCAAGUAUCAGGUCCUGGAGGACUUACGCCCAAGUGGUGAACAUCGUCGUGUACCGCUUGAAGAGUUCAAGAAACAGGUUUCGUACGAGCAAAUCCCCGAGCAGCAUGUACCCAAGGGCAUGCGAUAUCCAUCCAUGUUCUACGGAGAGGGAGUGCGAAACCAUCGGUUCCAUGUCUUCGAUCGACCUUACUACUAUGCAUAGAGGACUGCGAUACAACCAGUAGACUCCAAAACAAUAAGUAUAUUUUAGAAUAGUCUAGCUUACUGGACUGUAAUUCGAUUAUGAAUAAAAUGUUAGAG